AAAAUCUUUUCAUUCUCUUGAUUUGUGCCCUCCGAACGGUUAAGGCCCUCGAUCGCGUGCUCCGCCGGGUUUUUUCUUACAGUUGCUAGCGUCACCAGACCAGAUCCAUCGAAAAUGACCAAGAAGGCUGAUCCCUAUGGCUUCGCCAAGGAUUUCCUGGCCGGUGGUAUCUCUGCCGCUGUCUCGAAAACGGCCGUAGCACCGAUCGAACGCGUCAAGCUGCUGCUCCAGGUCCAGGCUGCCUCCAAGCAGAUCGCCGUCGACAAGCAGUACAAGGGUAUCGUCGAUUGCUUCGUUCGCAUCCCGAAGGAGCAGGGAAUCGGUGCCUUCUGGCGCGGUAACUUGGCCAACGUGAUCCGUUACUUCCCGACCCAGGCCCUGAACUUCGCGUUCAAGGAUGUGUACAAACAGGUGUUCCUCGGCGGCGUCGACAAGAACACCCAGUUCUGGCGCUACUUCCUGGGUAACCUCGGAUCCGGCGGUGCCGCCGGUGCCACGUCGCUCUGCUUCGUGUACCCGCUCGACUUCGCCCGUACCCGUCUCGGUGCGGACGUUGGUCGCGGUGCCGGCGAGCGUGAGUUCAACGGUCUGCUCGACUGUCUGAAGAAGACGGUCAAGUCGGACGGUAUCAUCGGUCUGUACCGUGGAUUCAACGUGUCCGUUCAGGGUAUCAUCAUCUAUCGUGCGGCCUACUUCGGUUGCUUCGAUACUGCCAAGGGAAUGCUGCCGGACCCGAAGAACACCUCCAUCUUCGUCUCCUGGGCCAUCGCACAGGUGGUGACGACGGCUUCCGGUAUUAUUUCGUAUCCUUUCGAUACCGUCAGACGACGCAUGAUGAUGCAGUCUGGCCGUGCCAAGUCGGAGGUGAUGUACAAGAACACGCUCGACUGCUGGGUCAAGAUCGGCAAGCAGGAAGGUUCCGGCGCGUUCUUCAAGGGCGCUUUCUCGAACGUCCUGCGUGGUACUGGUGGCGCUCUGGUGCUCGUAUUCUACGACGAAGUUAAGGCCCUGCUGGGUUAAGACGGGGAACAGCACGCACCUUAGUGUAAUUAGUUAUGUCCAGCCAGCCAGAACAGCAGCAGCAGCAGCAGUAACAUCAACAACAACAACAACAACAACUAUUAUAACAUCCAAAUCAACACACAGUUACCGGUAGCGAUCGGCCUUGGGUGCUGGAGCUGAUGGGAUUGAUACCCUUUAGCCACAAAAUCACAGGCGAUAGCCGCCAGUAAAAAUGGUGUAUUUGCAAGACAAAAUUAACUGUUACAAAACCAAUAACCCUUCGCUGUCUCGCUCUCUUUCUCUUGUACUCACUUUUUCUGUAUUACUUUACUGUUCCGAAUAACCGACAAGCUACUAGAUACCGCUAUGCGACGUACGCUUUUUAGAAAAAGGAGCAAAGGAGGAAGGAGCCUUUCGUGUUUCCUCUUUCUCUCUCUCUCCGGGAGAUGAGUGUGAGCGGACCGGGGGGUAGAGACAGUGAGCUGUUUGUUGCAUGUUCUAAGUCGAAGAAGCAGAAAAGUUGCGUUGUUUUAUCAUCAUAUUGCGCCCUUCCUUUGGUCCGCAACACGUGGUACAUUAAGGGAAGAAGCCAGCACUAUUCUAACAUCCUGGACGACAACUGCUGCACACGCAAUGCAACCAACCACAACAAUUAUAGCCGGGUUAAAGCGAUAAAAAGAAACCGAUUGCGAUCACGAAAACAGAAAUAGAUUCGAAAUAAUAAAAUGGGCCAACCAUGAAAUAACA